UCACCCCACGUCGCCGGGGAUUUUGGCCUCACAUACAAUCCUCCCAUUUCAAUCCACGUCUGGGAAUCACAGAGCACACAAGCCAUCCGACCUUUCGCUUCACAAUGGCGACGAGACCAGCACCUCCGUUGCCAGGAGGUACAAAAGCUCGAGCGAGUGGAUCAUCGUCCCAUCAUGGAGAUAGGCCGCGGCAAAAGCAGAGGAUAGGUCUGUAUCAGAUGGGCAAGACUCUCGGCACGGGGUCAUUUGGCAAAGUCAAGCUCGCUACACACAUGGUGACCAGUCACGAAGUAGCGCUCAAAUUUAUCAACCGAGCCAAGAUCACUACGCCAGAUAUGAAUGCGAGGGUGAAGAGAGAAAUCCAGUAUCUCAAAGUCCUGAGGCAUCCUCAUAUCAUCAAGCUAUACGAAGUCAUUACCACCCCGACUGAUGUAGUCAUGGUCAUGGAGUAUGCCGGUGAAGAGCUGUUCACGUACAUUGUGGACAAGGGCAAAGGAGGAAUGGCUGAGGACGAAGCAAGACGGUUCUUCCAGCAGAUGAUCGGUGCUAUAGAAUACUGUCACCGACAUCAUAUCGUUCAUCGUGAUCUGAAGCCUGAAAACCUCUUUCUCGACGCUCGGAACAAUAUCAAAAUCGGCGACUUCGGACUGUCAAACCUGAUGACGGAUGGAGACUUUCUCAAGACUUCAUGCGGAAGUCCAAACUACGCCGCACCGGAAGUCAUCUCUGGAAAACUCUACUCUGGACCUGAGAUCGACGUCUGGAGUGCAGGGGUCAUCAUGUAUGUACUGCUCUGCGGCAAGCUUCCAUUCGACGACGAGAACAUUCCCAUGUUGUUUAAGAAGAUUGAAAGCGGUCAAUUCCACGUUCCAAGCCAUGUCUCAGAUGAAGCUCGGCACCUGCUGAGGCGGAUGCUAACGGUCGAUCCCCUCAAGAGGGCGACUAUCAGUGAGAUUCGCUCCAUGCCCUUCUUCCAACAUAAUCUCCCUCGAUAUCUCAAUCCACUGCCGGAACUGGAUCGCUGGCCGACUCUGCCCAUGGACGAUAUGCAAACCUUGUUGUUGAUCAACGAAGGCGAGGCGGAUCCGAAACGUGUGGCAGAGGAGAAGGGUCUGGUGUUCUCAGAGGACCUCGGCAUCAUUGAUCCGGAAAUUGUCUCAGCGCUGUUGGAGAAGAUAACAACGUAUACCGAAGCCAUGGUUUGGGAUGCGCUUCAGAAGGAUGGUGAUAAUCAGGUCAAGGUGGCGUAUCAACUGGUCAGGGACCAUCGACGGAUCCUGAAAGAUUCCCUGACCAUGGAUGACGAUGAGAACACUGCAAUGGCAGACUUCAUGGCUUCUUCUCCGCCGGCGUGGAACACCAACAUUCCACCGCCCAUGGUUCAGCCGGGUCCCGAAGAAAUGGACUGGGAAGAGGAUGUAGAACAAGACAUUCAAGACAUCCCCAACGCACAUUUCGGCGUGCUUGAUACCAGUCUGCCAGGUCACAGCACACCUCAGACGGACGACAAACAUCAGCAAGAAUUGGCCGAACGAGCCGCUCGCGCAUUGCUUGACCCUCCACCGCGUACCAAGCCUAUCGCUCGACCUAAAUGGCACUUUGGCAUUCGGUCGAGAUCUCCGCCGAUGGAGGUCAUGCUAGAGAUUUACAAGGUCCUCAACUCGUUGGGUAUGCAAUGGAGACGCAAAGAAGGCAUCGCGAUGCCUGAAGUGGGUCUGCCUCCACCUGGCGGCUAUCCCGAGGAUGUGAUCAAUGCCAUUGAGCAAUGGACAGAAGAGCACGACGGUGUGGCGCCUGUGAUGGGCAAACGUCCCCCAGGGAAGAAGGAAGCUUCGGUUCAGGAUAAGGCUGCGCAGGGGCUGUACUUGGUGGAGACGCGAGCGCAGUACGGAGAUAUUAUGGUUCGCAUGGAUCUGCAGCUCUACCGAGUAGAUGCUGCCAAUUACUUGGUGGAUUUUAGAAAUAUAGGGUACUACAACGUUGGCGAGUCUGCCGAUGAGUAUGACACUGUGGGUGCGACCAACGGAGGUGGUGGUGUCAGGAAACCGGGUGUAGAUGGAGGCGCUACGAUUGGUGGAGUGUCUGGUCCAUUCCACUUCUUAGAGAUGGCCUGUCAGCUGAUUGCAGAGUUGGCCAGUGGAUAGAAUGUAGCAUAUAUAUAUGUAAAUGUUGUACAUGCAGUUGGUCGUCGUUGAAUAUGGUAUAUGCAAGUUUAUUAGCUGACACUGAAAUAAUUUUCUUCUUUUC